CCUCCGGAGCUCAGGCCAGUCAACAGACUCUUGCUGGCCGUCAAACUCAAAGCCAGGCAGGCACCCACGGGCAGGUGUCCACCUCUCUCCUCACUGUUAAAUUCGGAAGUUAUCUUGUUUAAAUACCGAGGGAUUUCACGCCUUGCUUUUCGGCCAGGUCAUGAUGAGAGAAAAGCGGACGUCUGAGGAGGAACAUUGUCGUCGUAGUAGUUGUAAUUCGCCGCGUGUACCGAGCUAGUGGUCUCCCAGACAGCAGUAUUAGCUUCUGGUCUGUUUUUUUAUUUCUUGUUCUAAACCGUCCGUAAUUAAUUUCCUGGGCGGACGAGGAGGAGCAUCCCACUUUUAUAACCCGCCGUGGAGACGACCCACAACACGGACUUGAGAAAAAAGAGCAAGCCGGGCAGGAGUCAACAUGUUCGAGACAAGAGGAAUCCCGUUCGUGGUUCUCGAUAUCGUCUGCCUUGUUUUAGGAGGCCUGCCUCUGGCGGCCUUCAACCUGGGUAAGAUCCGUCCCUACCAGAGGGGCUUUUUCUGUAGCGACGACAGCAUCAAGUACCCUUUCCAUCACAGCACCAUCACCUCCACCGUGCUCUACACGGUGGGCUUCUCGCUGCCCAUUAGCUGCAUGAUAUUCGGCGAGUGCCUGUGUGUGUACCUCAAGCGCCUGCGGUCCAAGUCGUCAUACGGCAGCUACUUGGCACGCGUUUACAAGGCCGUGGGUACCUUCCUCUUUGGUGCCGCCAUGAGCCAGUCGCUCACUGACAUCGCCAAGUACUCAAUCGGCCGCUUGCGACCGCACUUCCUGGACGUGUGCAAGCCCGACUGGAAGGGCAUCAACUGCACAGCUGGCGCCUACGUGGAGGAUUUUACCUGCACCGGAAACCCCAGAAUGGCCAAUGAGGGGAGGUUAUCUUUCUAUUCUGGCCACUCAUCCUUCUCCAUGUACUGCAUGCUCUUCCUGGUACUGUACCUGCAGGCCCGUAUGCAUGCAGAGUGGGCUCGCCUGCUGCGGCCAACCAUCCAGUUCUUCCUGAUCGCCGCCUCUGUGUACACGGGACUGUCGCGCGUCUCUGAUUACAAGCACCACUGGAGUGAUGUGCUCACCGGCCUCCUCCAAGGGGCGCUCAUGGCCAUCCUGGUGGUGUUUUUUGUGUCCGACUUUUUCAAGCAGCCCCUGGAGACCAACAAGGAGACUAACAUGACCCACACCCUUCAGGAGUCCCCCAACAAUGGAAACCACUUUGAGAGCCCAAACUAAAACUUUGCACUUCUAACUCUUCUGCAUGCAGAGUUGAUAUACAACCUCAGGCCUCUUUAUUUUAUUCAAAUGUUGUGUUUUAAAUGUGCUUCCAGCUAUAAUUGCUGGCUCAAGACUCUCCGGGAAUGGCGCCAUUUUUAUCUACUGCGCUGGUGGGAAGAUUGUAUUGCACGCAACCGCCAGCAAAAAGAAAAAAAAAAAAAAAAAAAAAAAAGGGUGUAUUUGGAGA